AUGCAGCAACCGGCUAUGCUGUACGGCACCGCCUGGAAGGGGGCUCGUACGACCGCGCUCGUUGUCCAAGCCGUGCUCGCUGGCUUCCGAGGCAUCGAUACCGCCUGUCAACCCAAGGUGAGGUGCACCGUCCACAUUAUAACUCUACAAAUCGGGUUGGUCUAAUGGCGAAAGUGCGCUGUCACAGCACUACCGCCAAGAGCUCGUCGGUCAAGCGAUCGAGCAACUCAAGACUCGGCACGGCAUCAACCGAGACCAGCUGUGGAUCCAGACCAAGUUCACUUCAUUGGACGGCCAGGACCUUUCCCAGCCACUCCCUUACGACAAGGGUGCUCCUCUUGCGCAGCAGGUGUGUUAAUGUACGACGAGACCACGCGUCCUCGCGCUGAACAACUUCCGAGCUGAUGCGCACGAAAACGUCGUACCGAGCACAGGUCCGACAAUCGUUUGAGACCUCGCUCAAGCAGCUUGGAACGGACUACGUCGAUUCGCUCAUCAUGCACGCGCCCAUGCGAACGCGUGAGGAGACGAGGUCGGUGUGGACCGAGUUCGAGUCAUUGGUUAAAUCGGGCAAGGUGGGUCCUACGUUAGGCUCGCAGUCCUUCGGGUGUGUUUGAACGCGCUGGAUCCGCGUUGGGUUCAUCGAUUUUUCUGCAGGUUCGAGAGAUCGGCAUUUCCAACAUUUACGAUGUCGACUUGUUCGACUGGUGCUUUGGAACUUUUGAAAUCAAGCCGAGCUCCAUGUCAGUAGAUCUCGUAUUGCUCUUAGCGCCCAGUGCGCGAACGUGACCGACCCCUCUGUUCUUUCCUCGCCAGUCAAAACCGCUUCGUCGAAGAGCACCUCAACUUUUGCACACCUAUCCUCGAGCGUCUCACCCAACGCGUCAAGGAAGGUCACCCCAUGGUCCGAUUACAGACCUUUUGGACGCUGACGGGCAGUUGAGCUCAAUCCCCUUCCUCCAUUUGGCCCGAAAUUCAUUUCAAGUCUGACCCAAGCCCUCCCCCUCCUAUCCUAGACCCUCAAAUCCUCCGCCAACUCAGCCUUCCUCAAGCCCUCACCUUCUCCGAAUCCAGGACAAGACUCAGAACCGCAGCUCAGAUAUUGUACUACCUGCUCAUGACGACUCGUCGAUGGCCCAAAGGGAUGAUCAUUCCUUUGACGGGCACGACCAGUGAGCAACACGUGCAAGAUGACAUCGAGGUGAUGCGAGCGGUCGAAGAGAGCUCGGUUGGGGAUGGAUGGAAGGGGGAGAAGAGGGAGAUGGAGGAUGCGAGGAAGUUGGUGGAGAAGUACAUUUGGUCCGAUUAUUUUACUGCUGCCGUGUAG